AUGGCCUUGGAGGGUGCCGCCGUUGCGGCCUCGGCCACCUUUGGCUGCAGCGCUAUGGGUGUGGCAGUGUACUCCAACCUGGUGACCUUCCUCAAAGCCCAGCGGGAGAAGAAUGAGGCCCUGGGGGAGGACGCGCCCGACUGUGCUGCCCGUAUCAUUGACCUGGUGGCGAAGACGAGCCGGCAGGUGUGUGAGACACCAGAGCUCCUGCGAGCGGCGUUCACAGACCCGCUGGAGGAGCUGAGGAAGGCUGGGCAGGAGCCGCACAUGCAGCUCGCCAGCCGCACUGAGUACUCGGUCCAUGGUGCGGAGCUCUUGAGCGGGUACGCGACCUUCGACGGCGAGGUCUUGAAGGUGGGCCAAGCGGUCUCGGCGGUGGUGCCUCUGCUGGCUGUCGCGGGUGCGCAGGUGGAGCGCGACGGCAAGACACUGACGGUCAUUCCCAAGCAGGCCCCUGCCUUGGUUCUGCAGUUGGAGGACGAGGAGCAGGCCCAGCAGUGGCAGACCCGGCUGGGUACGGCCUCCAACAAGCACCCGGAUCCUGUCGAUCGCCUGGAUCGUGUGGUGAGCCAGGCUCACGAGCUAAUGAAGCAUCUUUCCGACCUCCGGGCGCAGAUGAAGAGGCCGGCAAGAGCGCACCACAGUCCCAAGUCCGAGGAGCAUGGUCAUGGCAAUGGUCAUGGCCACGGUCAUGGCCAUGGCCAUUGUGACGAUCACGACCAUGGUGGCCAUGGCGGCCAUGGCGACGGGCACGGCAGCCCAUCCCAUGGCA